AUGGAGAUGAAGAAGAUUGCCUUGGCCGUCCUCAUGGUUGCAGUCUGCAUGUCCGCAGCUAUGGCUGCCGGAAGCCUAAAGGUUGGUGCCCCCGUGGAGGCUCCUUCCCCCUCAGCUACCACCGCCGCCGCAUCUGCUCCAACACCUAGUGGCUCCAUUGCAAACAUGCCCGUCGUUGGAUCUCUGGUGGGAGCUUCACUCUUGUCCUUGUUGGCCUUUUACUUGCACUAA